AGAAAGAAUCCAUAAUAGGGGAAUAUAAAUUAUAAUAAUAAUAAUAACAAUGGCAAUGACAAGGGUCUAAGAAAUCAAAUCUCAAUCGCAAGCGUAGAUAUGGAAAUCAUCAUCACCGUCAGAUCAUAUGAUGAAAAUUUAGACGAAAACAAACGGAAAACCUACUAAAUAAGGUAAGAAUGACUAAAUCAUCAGCUCUGCAGUCAGAUCUACUCAUCUACAGCAACAAAGCAGCCGCCAAGGCAACUGAUGCGGCAGAUCCAGCGAUAGUGAGUCUGUUCAACGCGGCACCGUUUGGAGAAGAAGUUGGAGUGCUGGUGGGAGAAGUUGAAGAGCCGGUCGGAGAGCCGCCAGAGGCGGAAUUUGGAGGCACAGCCACGGAUGGACCGGAGCUAGGAGCCAUGGGAGGAGCAGGAGGAGAAGGAGGAGGGGCAGAUGGAGAAGAGGAGGGGCUUGCGGCUGGAGAGGGGACGGAGGGUGGUGGAGAUGCCUUCGGGGAAGAAGUUGGAGGAGUGAUCGGGGCAGUUGUUGGGGGAGAAACUGCAACUUUGGGAGCUGGAGCAGGGGUAGCAACCUUGGGAGACCUGGUUGGCGCCGGUCCGGGAGCCUGGCCAAGGGCGGCGCUGGCCACGAGAGCAAAGAGCACGAGGCAUGCGAAAGCCUGGGCCAUUUCUAGCGGAGAAGCGAUGAGAAACAGAGUGACUGAAGAGUAAACGAAGGGUAAGAGAAAGGGACAGGAAAUAAUGGAAAUAUAAAUAGGGAGGGUUUUAGUUUGAGUCUGUUCGUGUCAAAUUUCGUGCUCCCCUCGCCCCCUCAGAAAAUUGGAGAAAAGCUUAUUUUGAGCCCUUCCCCUUAUUAAAUUUAAAAGUUUUAA